AUGGAAGAUGGGGAAGGGCCAGUGGAAGAGGAUGUUCUCGACAGCCUCGACGUCCUGGACGGAUUCUACCUCGACUUCGAUGGCACCGACGAUCUCCAUCUCCUUCUCUUCCAGGAGUCCUCCACCGUCGCCGAUCCGUCACCGAAGCGGCCGUUCGCCUCGGGGGAGUCAACGUCGCCGCAGACUAUAAGCGAGAUCGAGAGGUUCCUGAUGGAGGACGGUGCAGAUGUCCGUGAGGUGGAGGAGGCCUUGCCCGAUAGUUUCUUCGCUGACGUGUUCCUCUCAGGAUCCGACGACGGCUCCGCGGAAUCUGCGGUAUCGAGUGGCGACGAUGCCACUCCCCCGGAGAACGCGCUGGAGGAGAAGAGCGAGGAGGACGCCGAACCAGACGUGAGCGCCGCGGCUUCGGGGGCGGGAUUCGAGAGGCAGAUGAACGGGGAGUAUUCCGAGAGUAAGGGUGACGAAGAUGAGGAUAGUCUCAGCAAGAAACGCAGAAGGUAUGAGUAAUUUCGUAUAAUCAAGUUAGAAACUCUCGGGGUUUUACGAAUCUUGGUCAUAGUUGAGUUAUACGAGGUCAGUAGUCGUCUAUAUUUCUGUACUUUAUUCAUAACAAUGUGUUGCUAUCCGAAAUUUUACGGAGAAGGUUAUGCGAUUGUGCAUUAAUUUUACGAACUAUGUAAAUUCUUCCUGAAACACUCCGUGUUAACUCGCUCAGUCGAUAUUCUCUUGGGUUGUAUGUGUUGUUUUAUAUAACUGUUGAUGCCUCUGGCAUAAAGAUCGCUGUAGAUUUUUUUUGGUGGAAUGUGAACUCUCAAAUAUACGGUUCAGCAGAAGUCUCAUGCGUCCUGUCCUCAUUGGCGAUUCUCAGACAGAUGAGGAAUAGAGAUUCCGCCAUGAAAUCAAGAGAAAGGAAGAAAAUCUACGUCAAGGAUCUGGAGAUGAAGAGCAAGUUUAUGGCCUCAGAGGUCAGGCGUCUUCAACAUGCGCUUCACUGCUGUGCAGCGGAGAAUAUGGCACUGCGCCAGUCCUUGACGAAGGCCAAGGCACUUUCUGUUCCACUAGCCAUACAGGAGUCUGCCGUACUCUUCGUGGGUAAGAUUUCGUUCGCUGUUUUUGUUUCCAUUUGCCACAUUUCUACCUUUGUUCUCAAUUUAGUUUUUCCACUGUUCUACAAAAAAAAGUUUAGACACUCAAAUAAUGGGAUAAAAUUCGAAGUCUCUUCACAUUAGAAGUUCGAUCAUGUGGUUUUAAGAUUUCACGCCCCCGAAUUCUCACGUCUACCAAAUGUUAUCUGUUAACCUGACGAGUGGGUGAGUCUGGUAUAAGUUUUAACUUUAUCGUUAGAAAAUUCUGUUAAACAAGAAAUAAAGACGGUGGAAAUCAGGCAAAACUUUCUCUGAUUAUUUCACUAUUUUUAGAUAUAUUCGUCACGCAUGCGGUGAAAGGUCUAGUUUUAUUAAGUAGGCAUUAAUUAGGUUAUUCUCCUCAUGGUACAUGGUGACAGAUGACGAUUAGAAUCAUAUAUGUAUGUAUAUAUAUUGAUAGACAGAUAAAUAGGUAGAUAGAUAGAUGGAGAGAGAGAGAGAGAGAGAGAGAGAGAGAGAGAGAGAGAGAGAGAGAGAGAGAUGCUGGAUUAUGUCGAUCUCCCUUCCCUCAUGAAAGAAAUGACUCUUCAAACACAUGAUUUUUGGUGGGAACAAAUUAUUGCUUGACAAUCGAUGUAACCUUUUUCCGGUCUUCGAUUAUUUUUUCUCAGAAUCCCUGCUGUUGGGUUCCCUGUAUUGGCUGGUGAGCAUCGUGUGCCUCUUCCUACCACCCUGGGCUCCGCCAGAAGCAAGCGGAGCAACAAGGAGCCAGGAAAGAACCAUCCGAACAGAAGGGUUAGGAAGUGAAAAACGAAGUACAGGGUCAGAAUCAAGGUUUAUCUCUGAUAGGCGAAGAUGCAGAGCUCUGAAGACGAAGAUGAAGGAGAGUUGCUCUUCCGUGGACCAGGUUUUCGGUCAUCAGUUGGUUUCUUUCUUCCAGUACAGUCGUUCAUCUUUGUUUUAG